UCUGCUGUGUGUGCCAGAGAGAGCAACUUCUCAGCAGACUGGGGUGUGGCGGCUGUGAAAACACUGAAGGAAAUCAGAGAGCGCUCAACGUUAGCUAACUAACGGCGCAUAAUAUCCAAAACCCUCGACAAUCAGUGAACGGACUUAACCGAGGAAGAAAACAGCGGAGAUUUUUGCUUUUUCAGAUUCAUUCAGCUUCUCGUCGCCCAUUAUCGAUCUCAUCGUCCAGUGUGCUUUUUAAAAACCUGAGCACAAGGGAUUGAUCUCAACUUUUUUUUUUUUAAACAAACUUUUUGGAUCUGUGGAUAUGAGUUUUUCUCCCUCCCUGUCCGCGUGAUGUAAAACUCCAGCGUUACUUGUUAACGUGAAGUUACUUGGUUUCUCUUGGGAGCCUUACACGUCAAAACAUUCCAGGUGUUGUCCUAAUCUGAGUGUAAUCUUUAAUAUAUACAUUAUUUUUUUUGUCCAAUCCCAAAACGUCUUUUAAAAGAUUUUUCGGACGUAUAAAACGUCACUUUUGGAUCUAACUUUACUAGUCUUUUAGAGACAUUUCCCGUCCUUGGACUUGCGACAGGCUUUUUUUUUUCAAGCCAAAAGAGGAAGUUAGUCACGGAAGACUAUUAAAAAAAAAAAAACCUCCAGUCGCUUUGAAAGGGUUAUACCUUUUCGUUUUUUCUCCUUAAUCUACACUCAUAAAUCCGUCGCCCUGAAGCGCGCACUCGGGACCAUGGGCUGUACCGUGAGCCAGGAAGAUAAAGCCGCGGCGGAGCGGUCCAAGAUGAUUGACAGGAAUCUGCGCGAGGACGGAGAGAAAGCCGCCAAAGAAGUGAAACUGCUGCUGUUGGGUGCUGGAGAAUCGGGGAAGAGCACCAUAGUAAAACAGAUGAAGAUUAUUCAUGAGGACGGCUACUCGGAGGAAGAAUGCAAGCAGUAUCGAGCUGUGGUCUACAGUAACACCAUCCAGUCCAUCAUGGCCAUCAUUAAAGCCAUGAGCAACCUCAAGAUCGAAUAUGAGGACAGUGGCAGAGCGGAUGAUGCACGUCUGUUGUUUUCCCUGGCCGGGGCGGCAGAGGAACAGGGCAUGCUGCCAGACGACCUGGCCAAUGUCAUCACCAGACUGUGGGCUGAUGGAGGGGUGCAGAGCUGCUUCACUCGGGCCAGAGAAUACCAGCUCAACGACUCCGCUGCAUAUUAUCUGAAUGACAUGGACAGGAUAGGAAAAGGAGACUACAUCCCAACCCAGCAGGAUGUGCUAAGGACCCGAGUGAAGACCACUGGCAUCGUAGAGACACAUUUCACCUUCAAAGACCUGCAUUUCAAGAUGUUUGAUGUUGGCGGUCAGCGUUCAGAGAGAAAGAAGUGGAUCCACUGUUUCGAAGGGGUGACGGCCAUUAUCUUCUGUGUGGCCAUGAGUGCGUAUGACCUGGUGCUGGCUGAGGAUGAGGAAAUGAAUCGAAUGCAUGAGAGCAUGAAGCUCUUUGACAGCAUUUGCAACAACAAGUGGUUCACCGAGACCUCCAUCAUCCUGUUCCUCAACAAGAAGGAUCUGUUUGAGCAGAAGAUCACACACAGUCCCAUGACCAUCUGCUUCCCUGAGUACACAGGUGCCAACAACUACGACGAGGCCUCCGAGUACAUCCGCAUCAAGUUUGAGGACCUGAACAAGAAGAAAGAAACCAAGGAGAUUUACCCUCACUUCACCUGUGCCACGGACACGAAGAACGUGCAGUUCGUUUUCGACGCGGUCACCGACGUCAUCAUCAAAAACAACCUUAAGGACUGUGGGCUCUUCUAGAGCCCCACAACAGGAAGAUGAGUCAAGAUUACAUGAACAGUUUAAAUGAGCAGAGGAAGUAGGGGUGGAAUACAUCCUGAGCAUCUUCACUGGCCAACCACGACUCCUGCUUCCACAUGACGGAGCCCGACACAAUUUCAAUGAUUGCCAACGAGCUUAGCCUCUGUUCUCCCUCCCUUCCCUGUCCCAGCAUUGUGUUUGACAUUUAAAAUCUGUGUUAUUAACUCCUUGUGCUAUGACAACAAAUCACCGACUGUCGUAUUAUCCUUUGUCCAUUUUUGUUGUUUAUUUUCUCUUCUUUUGUUCUUUUUUUUUUUUUUUGAGAAAUAGCAGAGCCAAUUUUUUUUAUAUAUGAUGCUUUUAUUUCAAUCUAGAGAAUCUGAUGUGCAUAUUUUAAUAAACUUAAUUGUGUAAUGCUAAUUUUUUAACAACAAGCAGGCAUUGGAUAUAGGACUGAAAAAGGAAAGCGCUUUUUUUACGAUGUUUACAUGACGUCCUUGUUGAUAGCAAAACGGAGAGUUGUCUUGCAUGAUAGAAGAUAGCAAAUAUAUCAAUACAAGUAAUCAGUUCACAUCAGCGUAACAUUCCUUUUUAAGAUUACAUUUUAAAAAGUACAAAAAAAAAAGAAUAAUAAAAAAAAAGCACAAAAAAAAGCUUCACAAAUGGGGAAAGAACUGCUAAAAUGUAACUGAUAUUUAAAGUAUGUAGUAACAGUCUCUAACCAUCUUUCUCUUCUCUUCUAUCUUCCCGUUUCUCUUUCUAGCAUUCUGUUUGUGCCUUGACUUCCGUUUACAAUGGACUUUAUUUUCCCCCAAGUUGUCCUACUGUACGUAAACAUUUCUUCUCCAGAAUUUUCACAUGUAAGAAUAAAUAGUAAUAAUAAUGGAGAUCUAAGUGAUAAAAAAGGGUAGUGCUUUUGUUUCUUUUCUUUUAUUUUGGUAAAGAUUAAACUUCUUUUCAAAGUCCUAUAUAAUGUUUAAUUUAAAUAAAAGUUCAUUCACUAGAUAAAA